GAGCGCUUUCCAUUUAUACACUGCCUCUCGUUUGCUAACCACGGGUGAGCGUUGGACGAAUCGUCUCAAGCCAAUCGUACUAUCGCCUCACGCUGAUUCUCACGGCGGCCUCUCGCAGGCGACCAUCAACAUGGCUUCCACUUACAUCCACAUCGGUGACAUCGACAAGAUCCCGGACGACGCUCCACCAGCCCUCCACUUUCUCAAAUCCUACGUCCCCGCCCUCGACGGCCCCUCGCACGCCCACCGCACCGCCCACUUCUCCCCGAACGCAACCGUCAAAACCAACGCCGAUGCACCCGUCCCCUUCUCCUCGCUCGCGCCCAUGUUCGACAUGCGUGCCAAAAUUGCGCUCCGCUUCUGGCACGUCGCCAACCGCGUGUGGGUCGUCACCGAGGAGAACGUGCUGAUGGAUUGGACGUCUACGACGAUAUUCAAGGAGGCGGAGGAUAAGCCGGCUGUGGUGCCGGAGUUUACGGUUAUGAAGCUGGGCAAGGCAAACGAAGGCGAAGGGGUAAAUGGGCUGUGGGUUGAAAGUAUUGAGAAUUGGAUGGAUGCUAGUCCCGUGAAGGAGGCGAUGGCGCGGCUUCAUGAGCAAGUGCCUAAGAAGGAGGAGGGGGCUUGAAGGGUGAUGCGAACAGGAUAACGGACGAAGCAAGAACGAAUUCUGGCGAGGACAUGCAUUAACUUCCAUGCUUCGAUUUCCAGAGUGGAAAAUGCCUACUCUAUCAA